UCUAACACAAACGGUGUGAAUGAAAAAAAUAAAAAAAAAAUAUCGAAGAGAGAAAAGCCGAAACCUUUUUUUCUCUCGUCUCCAAUUUUCUCAGCUUCUGCUGGAUCUCUCCAGCAUCCUUCCUCGGAGAGAUUCGUAUGUGCAGAAAUGGACCACGACAAAACAGGAUGCCAAAGCCCACCUGAAGGUCCCAAGCUAUGCAUCAACAACUGCGGUUUCUUCGGAAGCGCUGCCACAAUGAACAUGUGUUCCAAGUGUCACAAGGCUAUCCUGUUUCAACAGGAACAGGGGGCUAGGUUUGCAUCUGCAGUGUCUGGUGGUACAUCAUCAUCCAGCAACAUCUUAAAGGAAACCUUUGCUGCUACCGCGCUGGUUGAUGCUGAAACCAAAUCCGUUGAGCCGGUGGCUGUCUCUGUACAGCCAUCUUCUGUCCAAGUUGCCGCAGAGGUAGUAGCUCCAGAAGCCGCUGCAGCAAAACUAAAGGAAGGACCAAGCCGAUGUGCUACUUGCAAUAAACGGGUUGGUCUGACUGGAUUCAAAUGUCGCUGUGGUGACCUCUUCUGCGGGACGCACCGUUAUGCAGACAUACACAACUGCUCCUUCAAUUACCAUGCCGCUGCGCAAGAAGCUAUAGCUAAAGCAAACCCGGUUGUGAAGGCAGAGAAGCUUGACAAAAUCUGAAACUCAAACACCAAAGUGAUAGACUACGACAUCCUUGGGAACAUUUAGAAUUGGAAAAGAAGGUUUAGAAUUUUACAUAUUUAUUAUUAUUGCCUAUAAGAGGGAGACAUUUGAUUCUAAUAAAAUCAUCCAUUAAGAGAUCAAAGAAACGGGGUUGUCUCCUCUAAAUCUAAUAAACGAGGAGUUUGUCAGUUUCUUGAAUAAAUAGCAUAUU